CUUCCAUUUGACCUAGUCGAAAAGUACUAAAAAAAUUCUGUUUUCACGAAUAAUCGUAGAGGUUAGGAUUCAUGCACGCGGUUAAAUGUGUUUCGUAUUGCUUUUAAGAAUUGUAAAGUGAAUUCUUUUGAUAUUAAAGCGUGAGGAAAAUGAAUGUAGCAGAUGGACCCGGAUUUUCUCGUUAUGAGAUUUUGUUGUUAGCCGCAAGACUUUCCUUCGUAACUGCGGUGGGGUUUUUCACAAUGAAAUGGUUCGUCCAUCAACUUGAUCCUACGAAUGCAGCUAAGAAAAGAGCUAAAAAAAAGACUCGAGAACAAUUGCGUAAGCUUGCAAAGUCAGAUGGUGUUAUAUUAUCCGUUGAUAUGGAUCAAUUAUCAGAUUAUGAAAUCAUAAUUGCUAGUCAUUUAGUCGAUCCUCAAGACAUCAAAGUAUCAUGGGAGAAUAUAGCUGGAUUGGAGCAUGUUAUUCAAGAACUUAAAGAGACGGUUAUACUCCCUAUACAGAAGAAAGAGCUCUUUUUAGAUUCUCAAUUGACACAAGCUCCAAAGGGUGUCUUGCUACAUGGGCCACCAGGUUGUGGCAAAACUAUGAUCGCAAAAGCUACUGCCAAAGAAACUAGAACUCGUUUCAUUAAUUUGGACGUUAGCAUUCUUACCGAUAAAUGGUAUGGAGAGAGCCAAAAAUUGACUUCUGCUGUAUUUUCUUUAGCUGUAAAACUUCAACCAUGCAUCAUCUUUAUCGACGAAAUAGAUUCCUUUUUGAGAGCACGCAAUUCGCAAGAUCACGAAGCUACAGCUAUGAUGAAAGCGCAGUUUAUGUCAAUGUGGGAUGGUCUAAUAACAGAUCCAUCUUGUACCGUCAUUAUAAUGGGAGCAACAAAUAGACCUCAAGAUUUAGAUCGAGCUAUUCUUAGGCGUAUGCCUGCCACAUUUUAUAUAGGAUUACCUAACGAAGAACAGAGAGUAGAAGUGCUAAAGUUAAUUUUACAGCAUGAACCGAUUGCAGAAAACGUAGAUAUUAAAAAGAUAGCUAAAAUGUCGGAAGGUUUUUCUGGCUCGGAUUUGCAAGAACUAUGUAGAAAUGCAUCUAUAUAUCGUGUCAGAGAUUAUCUACGAACACAUACGUUUGAUCUAAACGAAACAUGUAAUAAUGGUAGCACAGAUGAAGAAGAAUUCCAUGAUACCGUACGUCCUAUAAUGAUGGAAGAUCUUCUCGCGUCCCAGAAAAAAUUAAAGGCAUCUAAGAUGCAUACAGGAACCUUAAAUCCUGUUAAGUUAGAUUUAGAUUAAAUACAAGAGGAUCGAGAUUGUUGAGUUUACGUAAUAGGGAUGAAAAAAAAUAUUCACAUAUGGAAAUUUGAUCAUUAGAAGUAUAAAAAUAUUUAUUGGUCGUUGAGAGAGAGGAAGGUGUACUUUUCGUGAAUUUUGAAUUAUAUAAUUCAUAAAAUCAGACAUCUUGUAUUAUAAAUGGCAACAUAAAACUGUUCUGAGUCCUAUUAAUAUAUAACUAAAUAUGUAA